GAAGAACCGGAUACCGCGUCACUCUCUCAUCUGUGUUCGUCUGUUCAUUUGACUCAAACCGAUGGUAUAAACUGAUUUAAUGUGUGUUUGACUUCUGCACAAAGAGAAUCAAUAUAAAGAUGGCUGAGGUGGAGUUGUCGUGUUUGGCUUAUGUGAAGAUGUACCUGCACGCCAGUCAGUUUCCCCGCUGCAGUGUUAAUGGACUGCUGUUAUCCUCCAGUCCUGCAGGAGGCGCUGCUGUGUGUAUCACUGACUGUGUGCCACUGCUGCACACACACCUGUCACUCACUCCCAUCACACAGCUCGCGCUCACACAGGUGGACGUUUGGUGUUUGCAGACACAGCAGAGGAUUGUGGGAUAUUAUCAGGCUAACGCUUGUGUAUCUGACAGCAGCCCGACACCUUACGCUUUCAAGAUCGCAGACAAGAUCUCAGAACAGUGUCACAAUGCCGUCUUACUCAUGAUUGAUGGAGAGAAGAUGUUUCCGGGCUGCCGUGUGCCUCCAAUCGUCAUGUAUGAGCGUAAAGAUGCCCGCUGGACUCUCAAAGACAAACACACAAUAAUGCUCCGUCAGUGGGAGGAGACGUGUUCAGUAGCUCAGCAGCUCUUCACUUCUGGGGAUCAGGCACUCUUGGUGGAUUUCGACAGCCAUUUAGACGACAUCACAAAAGACUGGACCAAUCAGAAACUCAAUGCUAGGAUCAUGGAGCUGGUCUCUCCAGCCAAUGGAACGGUGUGAAUACAUGCGUGUAGUGGACAGUAUGUGUAUCACUAGACUGAUCUUGUCAUCGUCCUUCACAUUUACUGUUCACUGUUAACAUUUGUCGUUCACUAGAGAUUGUGUGACAGUUUCAUCAUCAGUUUCUACACGAUCAGUCCAUAACUUACUGCCACAGUAACACACCCAUAAAUGCACAAACAUUUCCCUUAGUCUUCCAGACUCAUGAGUGUUUUAUUAAUGUUUUUAAUUUAAAAUAAUGACAAUAAAUGCACACUAACAUUGAGUUGCAUUUCUAGACAUUUUAUCUUAUCUUUGCCAGUAAAAGCAAAAUUAUAGAAUAAUAAGUAAUGUUUAAUCUUGAACUGAAAAUGUAAUUUCACUCGGAAGUGAAAUCUUUCUCUCACGAUGUCAGUUUGAUGGUUUGGGCAGAACAUCUGUUAACUCCUCCCCUCCAACUGUCAGUCUGCCACCAGUGUCUAACAAAACAAACCUUGAGGAGAGUCAAAGCACCCAGAGUCUGUUCUUCAGAGCUCAAGGUUUCAGUAGAACCUUCAUUGAGCUACUAUUGAGUGAACCACACAAAACACACACACACACACCUGCUUGUUCUAGUUCUACACAACUAUCUGAUGUCAACAAAUGAGCUAAUAAUCCACAAUCUGCUGUGUUUGUCAAUCUAUUGUGUGUUUCUGAUUCGGUUUCCACAUGCAUCAUUGAUUCUGAUCAUCUGAUUAAUUCUGGUGGAAACCGUAUAAGCGGACAUGUGGAAUUAUGAUCCUCAAUUCAGUCACUCUAGUUUCCAUCUUCUCUUGUAACGGAUUCAAUCAAUACUGUAGUAAAUGUUAGUUUUUACUACAAUAGAAUAGAUUCUCGUGUACUGUACAGUGUGUUGUUUUUAAUAAUAAUACAUUACUCUGUAGUAUCAGUAAAGUGAAUCAAUGAACUUCAGUGAAUAGUGUAGUAAUUCAUUGUUACCAUCACAUUUUUAACACAAAUGUACAAUAGAGAGCAGAUUUACUAUGGAAAUGUUGAAAAACACUG